UUGGAAAAUGUGCGAUGUCAGUCGCGCUUCCUUCACGCCCCGCUGUUCUGGAUCGGUGCUGAGCAGGAGUGGCAUCUCGGCGACAAAAUCUGGAUGAAAGAGCGUCCUUUAGAGCUCAGGCAUGCAUUGAGUAGUGAGAUCAUUGGCGUUAUAAAUAUCCCCGUGCCAGCAGAACAGCUCCAGCUACUGCAGCCGGGGUAAUGUCCAGGAGCGCUGCACGCGUGUGUGCGCACGGUUUCUGGUGCCCAGACCUCAGAAACGACACCAAAAUGCAAGAAGUGGCCUAGCGAGUGGGUUGCUUUUGGAAGAAUGAAUGUUCCUCUUUACCUUCUGACCAUCGCUCACUUGAUCUGCGCCGCCGCCGGAGCACAACACACCUCUUUGAAGCGCCAACUUCUGAAAGACGAGAUCAGCUCGGGACGCAGGACUUGCAGGCUCUACUGUAGGGUUGGCAUCGGCUUCCAUCUGCAGAUUCAUCCCGACGGCAGAGUCAACGGCAGCCAUGAGUCCAACCAGCUGAGUGUCCUGGAGCUCUUUGCGGUUUCUCAGGGGGUCAUCGGCAUCAAAGGGGUCUACAGUAACAGAUUCCUGGCCAUGAAUAAAAGAGGACGACUCCAUGCCACUGAAUGGUUCACAGAUGACUGUAAGUUUAGGGAACGUUUCCAGGAGAACAGCUACAACACUUACGCCUCAGUAAUCCACAGGAACCACAAGACUGGUCGCGAGUGGUAUGUGGCCCUCAAUAAGAGAGGGAAAGCUAAAAUGGGCUCCAGUCCUCGGGUCAAAUCCCAGCAUGUUUCCACCCACUUCUUACCCAGGGUCAGUUUGCAUGACAAGAGCGAGCGGGGCUUCACCAUCACAGACAGGAACAAAGAGAGGAGGAAAGCCCUGACACCACCACCGCCCAAACCUCCUCAAACGAAAGCUAAUGUCCACGCAGGAACAGCCCCAAGACGUACACAAGUCAAGUACUGGCCCAAGUAUCGGUUUGGAUAGAUGUCACAAGGUUUCUGUCUGAAGGAUACAAGAUUCAUAGGCAUUGGACACAUAUAUAAGUGAUGUGCAUGCCCAGUAAACUGACAAUGGUCAUUUAUUACAUUGAAAGCAUUCCAGGUAUCUAAGAAGUGUGGGAAAACCUCAAAGGGCUGCCAGGAACAACUGCUGAGCUUGUCUUUGCUAAAGAUAUGAUCAUAGUUGGGAUUUGUGUUUCCACUUGAGUUGAUGAUGCUAUGUCCUAUUUAUGUUAUCUUUAGUGUUCAUAACUAGUAAGGCUGAAAUCCAUAACUUGAGGUAUAUUCUUGAGGUGAGACAUAUCUGAAAGGUUUUUUGAAUUAUAAUUCAAAAGUCAUCCACUUUGGUCUGCCUUACCAGCUGACUGAAAAUGUCCUCAGCUGAUCAUAUGAUGUGCUCCAUUAUUUGUUAGUAGGUAAGGGACUGUACAAAGAUUAUUAUGGAGUAAGUGUGGACUAGAAAACAGGAACGGAAAGGCCUGUUUUCUUUGUGAGAGUUGUCUGAAUCUUAUUGAAUAGCAGGGAAGAGAAGUUUAUUCUCAUCCCAGAUUUCUGAUUCAUUUUCAAAAUAUGAUUUGAUCUUUUCUAAACAUAUUUAUUUUAGAAAAGAUUAAAAUAACAAAUAGUAAUAAAAUAAUGUUUUGUCAUAUGGCAGAAGAAAACAACCAUGCCACUGUACAAGGAUGUAUUUUCUCAUAGUAAAGUAGUAGCUAGCACAGAACCGAUAUGUUAGUUUUGAAAACAGAAUAAUAUGGAUUUUUUUAUUAUUAUUAUUAUUAUUAUCGGUAUAGCCUUAAAAUAGAUGUCAACAGAGUUAUCAAGGAGAGAGUCAAAAGAAAAUAUUAAUAUUACUUUUGAUACUUUUAUGCAAAACAAUUAAA